UCGAAUCGGCUGCUUCAAACGCGCAGCCUCCCCAUUCUAUCGCGAGUAAAAUGGCGUCUGUCUGGGAUGAGGCGGAGGAUGGAAUUGGCGAGGAGGUGUUAAAGAUGUCCACGGAAGAAAUCGUGCAGCGUACCCGUUUGCUGGACAGUGAGAUUAAGAUCAUGAAGAGUGAGGUGCUGAGAGUGACCCAUGAACUACAAGCCAUGAAAGAUAAGAUCAAAGAAAACAGUGAGAAGAUCAAAGUGAAUAAAACCUUGCCGUACCUUGUUUCCAAUGUCAUAGAGCUGCUCGAUGUUGACCCCAAUGACCAAGAAGAAGAUGGAGCAAACAUUGAUCUAGAUUCUCAAAGGAAGGGCAAGUGUGCUGUCAUCAAAACCUCUACUCGUCAGACUUACUUUCUGCCUGUGAUUGGAUUAGUUGAUGCUGAGAAACUGAAACCUGGAGACCUAGUGGGUGUCAACAAGGACUCUUACCUGAUUCUAGAGACUUUGCCUACAGAGUAUGACUCGCGUGUGAAAGCCAUGGAAGUGGAUGAGAGACCUACAGAACAGUACAGUGACAUUGGGGGACUAGAUAAGCAGAUCCAAGAGCUGGUGGAAGCCAUUGUCCUGCCAAUGAAUCAUAAAGAGAAGUUUGAAAAUCUUGGUAUCCAGCCUCCUAAAGGGGUACUCAUGUAUGGACCCCCAGGAACAGGGAAGACCCUCUUAGCCAGAGCAUGUGCUGCACAGACAAAGGCUACGUUCUUGAAGCUUGCUGGUCCACAGUUGGUACAGAUGUUCAUUGGAGAUGGUGCCAAGUUGGUGAGAGAUGCCUUUGCACUAGCUAAGGAGAAAGCACCUUCUAUCAUCUUUAUUGAUGAACUAGAUGCUAUUGGCACAAAAAGAUUUGACAGUGAGAAAGCAGGUGAUCGGGAAGUUCAGAGGACCAUGCUGGAGUUGCUGAACCAACUUGAUGGAUUCCAACCCAACACUCAAGUUAAGGUGAUAGCUGCAACUAAUCGUGUAGAUAUUCUAGACCCUGCUCUACUUCGCUCGGGACGUUUGGAUCGAAAGAUUGAGUUCCCAAUGCCUAAUGAGGAAGCCAGAGCCAGGAUAAUGCAGAUCCAUUCUCGCAAGAUGAAUGUCAGCCCUGAUGUCAACUAUGAAGAGCUAGCUCGUUGCACGGAUGAUUUUAAUGGUGCACAAUGCAAGGCUGUAUGUGUGGAAGCGGGGAUGAUUGCACUCCGACAUGGAGCUACAGAACUCACCCAUGAAGAUUACAUGGAAGGAAUCUUGGAGGUUCAAGCCAAAAAGAAAGCCAAUCUUCAGUACUAUGCCUGAUUCUUGAACAUCAAGCUGGUUAUGAAGGCCUGGGUAGAAAGGCUGAAAUUAAAACAGCUUGAACUGAACUCUGCUUUAUUUUACUUAAUGGGAAAAAAUAAACCUUUUGCUUUGAUUAAAGUAACUGUUAUUUGGCUACAGAUGGAGAAAAGGGGAGCCGACUCCCUGAGAUGAUUUCCUAAUACAUGUAUGUUGCAAUACCCCAUGUUACUGGUGUAAAACAUUGCAGUGGGCAAAAGAAACUCAAGCACAUCAUAAGCUAUUUGUGAGGUUAAUGAUACCCCCAUCCUGUAUCCUCCAAUACCAUCCCCCUCCACCUUUUUGAACACUGUUCUCUACAUCCUGCCACUGUAUACUUUAAAGUACCUAUAGACCGUUUGCACUGGAGCUAAUUGUACUGAAUUCAUCCACCAAAAUAAGGUUGUCCCAUUUGCUUGUUUUGACCAUUGCAACUAGUAUGGCUUUUCACUUUGAGAUAAAACUGGCUACAUAUGGACACUCAGCUUAAUACCUGCAAAAUGAAGAGGUGACUGAUGGCUGAAAGCGAUCAUUGGUGUGGUUGGGUGUAGGAAAAAGUAGCAAUUCUCUAACUGUGCCAGAGGCAGUGUGUUAGAUUAAGAUCACAACCUAACCUACUGAGCCUCUGAAUAAGAGAACUUCCAUCUGCUCUGUGUACCCAAGUCUUUUAAUUCAAUGCCUUGUUAAGACAUACAGCUUCCAUUAAAAAAAAAUCACUUU